UGGUGCGAGGUCGCUUCUCCAAACUCGCGCCGCCGUGGUGGUGGAGGAACAACAGGAGCAAAGCGCUGCCGGCCUCACUCGACUGUGGCUCGGCGCCGCGCCCGCAUCGCAGCAGCUCCGUCUCGCUCUCUCGUAAACCCAGUUCGCAAUUCGCCACUUCCGUGCAUUUCCUUCCACGACCGGAAGUUGAGCUUCUCUUGGCCCACUUUUCCCACACGGCCGGAACCAUUGAGGUGGCGACGGAGGCGUUCGCGUCCAGAUUUCUCGCCUCAGGUGAGACGGGAUGCGGGAGGAGUUUGGCGGCCUCGACCUCACCUUCGGCGCCGUCAUCCGCAGCUCUGCCUGAACUGAGCGCAUCCAUCCCUCGUUGCUCUGCGAUGGCCGAAGGCGCUCCUGAGGACGAACGCGAAGCCCUUCUGAUGGCCGCCGCCGCAGCAGCCGCGGCCGCCUCUGCAGCAGCCAAGAGGGAGGACAACUCAUCCUCCUCCUCAUCCUCGGUACCUCUCAACCUUCACAAAACUGAACAGGGCGCCCAACAGCUUUCCGCAAUUUGCCACGAGGUCGGCAUGAUGGAGAAAAUUCUGAUCUCGGACGGCCUCAACAAUAACAGCAGCAGCGCCAAAAGCACGCCAACAUCCUGCCUGCAACAUGCCCAAGAUGUGGAGAGCGGCAGUGCGGCCUCCUCGCCCAGACACCCGAUGCCCGCCGAGCCCCCGUGCAGUCCGCCCCUCACCCCGCAAGUCCCGAAUUUCGCGGGACUCAACGGCGACUUCGACGCCGCCAAACUGGCCGCCGCCGUCGCAGCUCAGGCGCACCUCAAUGGAACAGUGGCUAGUUUUGCCAAUCUGCAAAACCUGGCCGGUCUGCAGUCCUCGCUGGCGAACGCACCCCUCAACCUGACCAUGGGCUCGGCGCAACACCAAAGCAGCUCACAAUCUCACCAACAACCAGUCUCGAUGCCACAGCUGAUCCUGGCCUCAGGGCAGCUUGUUCAGGGCAUCCAGGGCGCGCAACUUCUCAUCCCUACCUCACAAGGUUUGGCGACGCAAACCAUUUUAGCCAUACCCGUCAGUCAGUCUACAGGCAGCCCAUUGAUUUCGUCAUUGGUGAACAGCCAAUCACCCUUGCAGAACUUGACUCAGCCCUUGCAGAUGGCAUCAGGAGCAGGGGGCUCAUCGAGUCCGCCCCUGAGUAGUCUGGGCCUGAGCUCGCAGCACCUCCUCAACUCGGCGCCUUCGGCCCUCGGCCUGCCACCGCAAAUGCUGCAGCAGCCCUUGAUGGCGCCGUCGACCGCGUCCUCCAACAACAGCCCCUCAGUCUCCAAUCAGUCAGUGAGCAGAGGUUCGGUGUCGCCGCCCAGUCACAGGACUCACCCGUACUCGAUACCAGAAAAGCAUCCGAACGGUGCAAUGAAUGGAGCUUCGAUGAACACAAUCAGCCGCCUGGCCAGCGCUACUGGCCUCACAGUCACGCCUACGCAAAGUAGAGCUCACUCUGUCUCAUCUCACCACAAAUCAAGCCCCCACUCAGCUCAGCAGACACAACUUCCGCCUCACAACCACCAUACCUCGUCGCACCAGAACGGCAGUCUCAGUCCCGGCGCCCUCAGCCCCUCGGCACUCGACCCCCUGAAUGACAUGAGUCACUUUGAUGACAUUCCAGGUCAACCGACCAUCAACCAGGCGACUGGAAACGUGGUCGACGGAAUCAACUUGGACGAAAUCAAAGAAUUCGCCAAGGCGUUCAAACUGCGCCGGUUGUCCCUGGGCCUGACGCAGACGCAGGUCGGCCAGGCCCUGAGCGUGACUGAGGGACCUGCCUACAGUCAGAGUGCAAUUUGCAGUGCCCUGGCUACUCAGAUGUACUGUACUGCUGCUCAGAUUGCGUCCCAGCAACAAGCUAUGUUUGAAAAACUCGACAUCACCCCAAAGAGUGCUCAGAAAAUAAAACCUGUGCUGGAGAGGUGGAUGAAGGAAGCUGAAGAAAGUAAUUACAGGUACAAAAGCGGUCACAAUCAAUUGACAGAGUUUAUCGGCGUCGAGCCGUCGAAAAAGAGGAAGAGAAGAACUUCUUUCACACCGCAGGCUUUAGAAAUACUGAAUGUUCAUUUCGAGAGGAACACACAUCCCUCAGGGGCUGAAAUCACAGCUCUGGCGCAACAGUUGGGUUACGAGCGAGAAGUGAUACGAAUUUGGUUCUGCAACAAGAGACAGGCGUUGAAGAACACGGUUCGCAUGAUGUCCAAGGGGGUUGUUUAAUGCCGAGGCGACCCAGUUCAAGGGACCAAAACGAUUAAAGUUGUGGCGGAAAAUUACACAAAACACUCGGCGUCGACGUAAGAGAUAAAUCGUGUGCUUAGAAGAGAGAGACAAUCAAUGUGCAUCAAGAAAACCCAGUGGUGAAUCAAGAAGAAGCAACAACAAAUUAUAUUAAACGUAAUUCUAGAGACUAUUGAUAUUCAGACAAGAUGUAAUUAUUAAUAAAUUAUCGAUUCAUGUCUCAAAGGCAUCAAUUACACAACUCUAGCAGAAAAUAAAUCAUAUUUGAAGAGCAUUUAACGCAGCGCAUUUUUCUUAACUAUCACGAUAUUUAAAAGAAAAGGUGUCUAUAUUAUGUUUAAAUUAAAAAAAAAAAAAAAAAUAUGUAGGUUGUCUGCAGGAUAAUUAUAUCACUCGAUAAAGAGUUUAUCCCUUCUAAUAGAAUUUUAACAUGUCUGAUUUUGGCUUGCAGAUGGAAAUAAGAAAUAAAUUUACUCUUUAAAUUUG